UUACUUAGGCAGUAAUUCAACUUUUUUUCUUCUUCUUUAAAUAUCAAAUAUUGGAUUUUAUGUCCUUAAAAUGUUAAAUGUUGGUUGUUGUUUUUGUCAGCAAAAGACAAAGUGAGAAUUUUAGCCAAAGAAGAAGAUGAAGGUGCAACAGCGACACUGAGAGUGGAAGAAAUGGAGAUUGGUAUGCUACCAAUUUCAGCUUCAAAGAGAGGAAAGCUCUUAGCAGCUGGUUACACCACACUCGAUGCCAUUGCUUGCGCCUCCCCUUCUCACCUUGCUCGAGAUAUAGAAGUUUCUGAAAGUGAAGCUUCAGAAAUUCUGAAAUAUGCAACCAGAACUAGUGCUUUGGACAGAUCAAAUGGAAGUCACAGUGCUGUUGUUGAUGGUGGUCAGACAGCUUGGGAUAUGCUCAAUGAGGAAAAGUUUUCGUCUUGCAUUACUACUUCUUGUGCGGAUCUGGAUAACAUCCUUGGUGGAGGGAUUAAUUGUAAAGAAGUCACUGAAAUUGGUGGAGUUCCAGGAAUUGGUAAAACACAAUUUGGGAUUCAACUUGCAGUAAAUGUUCAGAUUCCAUUAGAUUAUGGUGGCCUAGGUGGGAAGGCAAUAUAUAUUGACACAGAAGGAAGCUUUAUGGUCGAACGUGUUCUACAAAUUGCUGAAGCAUGCAUAGAAGACAUGUCAGAAUAUAGCCACCACUUUCACAAGGAUUCUCAAGCUUGUGAAGUUAAAAUGCACCCUAAUAGUAUCUUGGACAACAUAUUCUAUUUUCGCGUUUGCAGCUAUACUGAGCAAAUUGCUUUGGUGAAUUACUUAGACAAAUUCAUCGCAGAACAUAAAGAUGUAAAGAUCAUCAUUGUUGACAGUGUUACUUUCCACUUCCGCCAAGACUUUGAUGAUAUGGCUCUCAGGACUCGAUUACUUAGUGAAAUGGCUUUGAAGAUGAUGAAACUUGCAAGAAAGUUCUGUUUGGCUGUUGUUUUGUUGAAUCAAGUAACAACCAAGCAUAUUGAAGGUUCAGUUCAAUUGACCCUUGCUCUAGGAGAUAGCUGGUCUCAUUCAUGCACAAACAGGAUCAUCUUAUUUUGGAAUGGCAAUGAACGACAUGCGUUUAUUGAUAAGUCCCCUUCUCUUAAAUCAGCAUCAGCACCAUAUUCUGUGACUACUAGGGGGAUCCGUAAUUCUACUUCAAGCUGUAAACGAAUCAAGAUGAUGUGAGUUUUGGUUUGGUUCUAUAUAUGUAAGGUUCAGCAAAUAAGAGUGUAUCUAUGUGGUACGCUUAACUCACAAAAAUUCAAAGCUUAUUUGCUCACAUUAGAAACAAACUUAUUUUGGAAGAAUUUUUUCUUGGUUUUAUAUUACUAUGGAAGAACUAUUACUAUACACACUGAUUAG